GGCCUUCGAGUUCGUUCGACACCGCCCCUUCUUCUUCCACGCUUCUUUCUCAACUCUUAGCGGCUCUUCCUCCAGCUCCGCUCGGCACGCCGCGGUCAUUCUCUCUUUUUUUGUCUAUGUGCAUGCCUCCGGCCACCAACCUAAUCUCUCUCUCCCAUCUUGCUCUCAAAUCCCUUUGCCCCAUUUCAACAAACACCAUCCACUCUCUCAUAAAAGCGUGCGCCCACCCGGACCACCUCAAGCAAGUCCACGCCCAGCUCCUCACCCACGGCCUCCAUCACCACCUACCCUCCCUCCUCUCCACCACCACCCUCUCCUACCUCUCCUUUGACCUCCUCGACUUCGCCUUCCUCCUCUUCCGCUCCAUCCCCAACCCCUCCACCUAUAUCUGGAACACCCUCAUCCGCUCCUGCGCCACCCAUGCUCGCUUCCACCACUCCCUCCAUCUUUACUCCCUUCUCCUCUCCUCCGGCCUCCGCCCCGACAAGUUCACCUUCCCCUUUGCCCUCAAAUCCUGCGCCGCCCUCGCCGAACUCCAGCUCGGGAGGCAGCUCCACCAACAUGUUCUAUGCUUCGGGUGCGCUGACGACCUCUUUGUCGGUGCCGCUCUUGUCGAUAUGUACUCCAAGUGCGGUGACGUUGGCAAUGCCCGUCUCAGCUUCGAUAAAAUGAGUAAUAGAGACUUGGUCUCGUGGACUUCGAUGAUAUCUGGUUACGCCCACAAUGGCUGCAGCACCGAGACGUUGGAGUUCUUCCGUCUCAUGCAGCAGUCGGGCGUGAAGGCCAACCGUGUCAGCUUGUUGAGCGCCCUGUUGGCGUGCGGUAAUCUGGGGGCCCUCGGGAGGGGAGUGUGCUUCCAUUGUUAUGCGAUCAAAACUGGCUUUGAGCCUGACAUUUUGGUUGCAACUGCGGUUGUUGAUAUGUAUGCAAAGUGCGGGAGCCUGGAUCUUGCACGAUUGGUGUUCGAACUUGCGGAUGAGAAGGACGUUGUGGGUUGGACUGCGAUGAUAGCGAGCUAUGGAUACCAUGGGCUUGGGAAGGACGCGAUUGCAGUAUUUGAUCAGAUGGUGGAAGCUGGGGUGAAGCCAAACCAUGCCACCUUUACCAGUCUCCUCUCUGCGUGUAGCCAUUCAGGGCUGCUAGAAGAAGGCGAAACGUAUUUUCAUUUGAUUAGUGACACAUUUGGAGUGGGGCCAAAGCUACAUCACUACGCAUGCAUGGUGGACAUCCUUGGACGUGCAGGGAAGUUAUAUGAAGCUCAAGAGCUUAUAGAACACAUGCCCAUGGAUCCUGAUUCUAGUUUAUGGGGGUCUCUGCUUGGUGCUUGCCAGAUCCAUGGUGAUUUAGAUUUAGCAGAAAGAAUUGCAGAUAGAAUCUUUGAGUUAAACACUAACCAUUCUGGGUAUUAUGUUCUUCUCUCGAAUAUUUAUGCUGCUAAGUCGAGGUGGAGUGAUGUUGAGAGAGUGAGGAAGUUGAUGGUGGGAAGAAAAGUGAGUAAAGUUCAGGGGUUUAGUAUGGUUGAGUUUGAUAACCAAGUUUAUAAGUUUGGAGUAGGUGACAGGUCCCAUCCACAGUCUCCGGAGAUAUACUCUUUCCUACAAGAAAUGCUGGCAGAGAUGAAACAGCUAGGUUAUGUUCCUCUGGUGGAAUUUGCUCUUCAUGAUGCUGAAGAUUAAACUAAGGAUGCUGCACUGCCCUAUCACAGCUAGAGACUUGAAUGCUGUUGACCCGAGCAUCAUGAGCCCUGGGACUCCUAUAUGAUGCAUUCUAGUCAAAUUUGCAGAGGUUUGAUGUUUCUUUUUGCCCCCUUUGUGGAAUGCCUGGUAACACAGAUGAGCUUUCAAGUUAGUUCCUUGAGCUGAUCUCUUAUGUCCAACACUUUCUUACACUGCAUGACCUAUGAAAUCUAUUCAAAUAUAA